AUGGCUUGCGGCGGACAACUCGUGGACGUUGCUGCGAGGACGGUAGUUGUCAUUCACGGACGGGAUCUGCAAAAGGGAAAUCAAGCGGAAGAGAAUCCUGCACGUGCUGGCCUUCUUGCCCGGGAGCUGCACAAGCUGAACGUGCAUGUGGCCGCCAUCCAGGAAGUUCGAUGGCCCGGUCAUGGAGAGCGAGAAUUCACGGCGGUGGACCCCAUCGCCAACACCUCUUUCAAGUACCACAUCUACUACAGUGGCGGCGAAAAGGCGAUGCAUGGAGUCGGUUUCGUAGUGAUUGGGGAUCAGAAGAACCGAGUCAUCAAGUGGAAGGUGGUGAAUGACCGGAUCUGCGUGUUAAGAAUAAAGGGCAAAUUCUUCAACUACAGCCUGAUCAACAUCUACGCGCCGACGAACGACAAGCCCGAUGACGAUAAAGACGCUUUCUACGAGCGUCUCGACAAGACCUAUGGAGAGUGCCCAAGACACGACGUGAAGAUAGUCAUCGGAGACGCAAACGCGCAGGUCGGAAGGGAAGCCUUCUUCCAUCCUGUCAUCGGCAAGGAGAGCCUUCAUCCUCGCACGAAUGACAACGGCCUACGUUUGGUCAAUUUCGCCGCAGCCAGAGGAAUGGCUAUCUGUAGCACCUUCUUUGCGCGCAUGAACAUUCGGAAGCACACCUGGCGCCACCCGAAUGGCGAAUCGUGCACACAAAUCGAUCACGUUUUGGUGGAUGGUCGACACUUCUCGGACGUGAUGGACGUCCGAUCGUACAGAGGACCGAACAUCGACUCUGAUCACUUCCUGGUAGCAUGCAAGAUCCGAGCUAGGCUGUCGAACGUGUUGACCCCGCGGACUGCGAGGAUAGCGCGGUUGAACGUCCAGCGCCUCGCGAGCAGCGACGUUGCUGCAGAGUACAGUCGGAAGCUCGACGAGCGGAUCAACGAGGACGCGCCUACGGGUAACCUGGACGAGCAAUGGGGAGCCCUCCAGAGCAUCGUCAACACAACGGCUACCGAAGUGAUCGGCACGACCAGAGGACGCAAACCCAAAGGGUGGUAG